AUGCUAAGAUCUCAUAGUCUGAAUAAAGAUUAUAAAACUGAAAAACGAGAGUCAACUUCUCAUUCGAAUAGUUUGAGUAAUGAUGAUGAAAUUUCAUUAAUUAAAGUAAAAACAAAUUCGGAUGAGAAAACAGGUUUAAAAUACGAGUUAAAAGCUCGACAUUUAUCAUUAAUGGCAUUAGCUGGAAUUAUUGGACCUGGUAUAACUGUUUCUGCAAGUUUAGCUUUAAUAAAUGGACCUGCAGCAUUAUUAAUAAGUUUUGUUGUUGUUGGUUUUGUUGCAUUAUGUAUGAUGCAAAGUUUAGGUGAAUUAGUUACAACUUUCCCUACCGGUGGUACUUUUUCAAGUCUUGGUGUUAAAUUGGUCGAUGAAGCUUUUGGAUUUACUGUUGGUUGGUAUUAUGUUAUAAUUUGGGUAUUUACAUUAAGUUCAGAAUACAAUGCAACUUCUUCAGUUUUUCAAUUUUGGUCUGGUGAUAAAGUUCCAUUAUAUGCUUAUGUAUUAAUGCUUUGGUUUGUAUUUUCAAUUUUUCAAGUUGUAAUGGGUGUUGGUCUAUUUGGAGAAAUUGAAUUUUAUUUAGCAUUAUUUAAAAUUAUAGGAUUAUGUGCAUUUUACAUAUUUUCAAUUGUUUAUUGUGCUGGUGGGAUUCGAGGUCAUAAAGCAUUUGGUUUUCAAUAUUGGAAAAAUCCUGGUCCUUUUGCAAAUGGUUUCCCUUCAUUUGUUAAAUGUUUAAUUUUUGCAUCUCAAUUUUAUUCAGGUACUGAAAUUGUAGCAAUUACAGCCUCUGAAGCUGCUAAUCCAUCAAAAGCAGUUCCAUCAGCAAUUCGUCAAACAUUUUGGAGAAUUUUAUUAAUUUAUGUUGGUAUUGCAUUAUCUUAUGGUAUUACAGUUCCAUAUAAUGAUCCAGAUUUAAGAAGAGAUGGACUAUUAAGAUCUCCAAUGUCAAUUGCAAUUGCAAGAGCAGGUUGGCCUGCUGGUGUUCAUUUAGUUAAUGCAUUUAUAAUUGUAAUUUGUAUUUCAGCUAUAAAUUCAUCAAUUUAUACUGGUUCAAGAACUGUUUUACAGUUGGCUCAUGAAGGUUUUGCACCUAAAUUUUUUAGAAAAGUUACAAAAAGAGGUAUUCCAAUUCCUGCAAUUAUGUUUGUAAAUACAAUUGGUUUAAUUGCAAUGAUGAAUCAAAGUACAAAUGCAGCAAAUGCUUAUUCUUAUAUUAUUAAUAUUUCAGGAGUUGCUGUUUUUAUAGUUUGGGGAUCAGUAUGUUUUUAUCAUAUUAGAUUUAGACAAGCAAUGAAAAAACAAAAUAGAUCAAUUGAUGAAUUAGUAUUUAAAGGAUUAUGGUAUCCUAUUUUACCAUUGAUUGGAUUAAUUUUAAAUAUCAUCCUUACUUUAAUUCAAGGUUAUUCAUAUUUUAAACCUUUUCAAGCUGGUGAUUGGGUAGACGCAUAUAUUUUAAUACCAUUUUUUUUUUUAAUGUAUUUUGGAUUCAAAAUUUGGAAAAGAACAAAAUGGGUGCAUUUACAAGAUGUUGAUUUGGAUUCAGGUAGAAGACAAGAUUAUUAUGAUACUUCACCAUCAAAUAAAUUAAAAGAAAAAUUAAAGACAAAUAUAUUGUUUAAAAAGGGAAAACAUAAUGAUGAUCAUGAUAUAAAAUUAGAUGUUGGAGAAAUAGAAAGUAGAGAAAUAGAAAAACCAAGUAAACUAAAGAAUUUACAUCCAUAUAGAUUAUUUAGACAAAAACUGAAUAGUGAAUUAGAUACUUUUUAA